UAUAUCAAAUGUGUUACAAUGUUAUCACCACAAGUUGAUGUUAACACGCAAACUCUGAUCUAUAUGCAUUUUAUUUUUGUUUUCUCCGCCAACCUUCCCUACAAAUAUCACUCUUCUUCAUACUGUAACACUUCCCAGUUCCCAGUGGCAACUUACACAAAACACACAUAAGAGUGAUCAUUAACAGUAUCCCAAAAAGAAUGGGUUCCCUCUCAUGUUUGUCAAGGCCAAUGGAGGAUGAUUUUCUUUCCAAUUAUGCAAUAGUUGCUGUGUUUUGUCCUACAAAACCAACAACCGACAAUAAAGCUAUUGUUCCUAACUCAAUGGAGCUCUUUAAUCCAUCCACCAACACAUGGAGCCAUGUGACCUCAAUUCCAGGACUAAUUGAAGGCCAAAUCUUGAAAGCCUUUUCCAUGGUCUCCUUAGGGGACUCUGUUUACAUAAUUGGUGGCCUAGUUUGCCACAAAGAAAGGGUUCAUGUGUCUGAUGACUCAGCUGAAUUGGUUGAUGUGGGUAUCCAUGUUUCACCAAAUGUCCUGCGUUACAACAUAACAACCAAUCAAUGGUUCCAUUGCGCGCCACUUGGCAUGCCAAGGUAUGAUUUUGCCUGCACCAUUUGCAAUAACAGAAUCUACGUGGCAGGGGGGAAAUCCAAGCUGGCGAGCGCACACGGGAUCUCGUCGGCUGAGGUGUAUGAUCCUAGUCUUGACACAUGGACACCUUUGCCUAGUAUGCAUAUUUUGAGAUAUAAAUGUGUAGGGGUGACAUGGCAAGGAAAAGUAUAUAUUAUUGGAGGGUUCACAAUACCUAGCCUAGUGGAGCGUAGCUCUGCUGAGGUGUACGACACGCUAGCAAAAAAGUGGGACCUUGUGGCAGGGAUGUGGCAGUUGGAUGUGCCUCCUAAUCAAAUCGUGGCGGUUAAUGACUCCCUUUUUAGCUCAGGGGAUUGCUUGAAUGCAUGGAAGGGACAUGUUGAGGCCUAUGAUGGGAAGCUUUGGAAUGAAGUUGAAGGGUCACAGAAACCAAGCCUUUCCACAUUGGAGACCAACUAUGAGAAUUGGCCUCAUAGCCAAAGAUCAUACCUAACUAUGGCCCCAAUAGGGACUCAAUUAUUUUUCUUGGCAGGGUACAAGACAGGUAAUGAUUAUGAUGAGAUAGAAAGAUCAAUGUCCCUUGUCCACUUGUUUGAUACAACAAGGGGUGCAUGGAGGAGCCUUGAGCCUGUGGAAUUGGAGGGUGAGAAAGAGCUCUGUAGUCAUUGUUGUGUUGUGCAACUAUCAUAAACAUUUAUUUUUCUAAAAAGUAUGUUUAGAUCAAUGGUAAUCCAAAUCCAAUAAAGAUAUCAUACAGAAUAGU